GCCUGCUGUGCCGGUAUCCUGAGGAGGACCACGAGUCGUUUCCUCUACCCGAGUCUGUGCCCAUGUUCUGUCUGCCCAUGGGCGCCACCAUCGAGUGCUGGCCCCACCACACCAAACACUCUCUGCCGGUGUUCUCCACCUUUGUUCUGACCGGAGCCUCUGGGGAGAAGGUGUAUGGAGCUGCUAUCCAGUUCUAUGAGCCUUACCCGGAGGAGGAUCUGACCGAACGUCAGCGCUCUCAGCUGGGCCUGUCCUGCUCCAGCCUGGGUCCUGAUGGCAGCAGUCUCUAUGGCAACAAGAGCAUCUGCCUCCUGUCCCACUGGCCUUUCUUCCAGUCCUUCAGGAGCUUCCUCACAUUCCUCUAUCGAUACUCCAUCUCUGGACCUCAUGCUCUGCCCAUCGAAAAACACGUCGCUCAUUUUAUGUUAAACGUGCCCUUUCCGUCCAUCCAGAGACCUCGGAUUCUGGUCCAGUUGUCUCCUCACGACAGUCUAAUCCUAAGUCAACCUGUGUCCUCCCCUUUGCCCCUCAGCGGGGGGAGCCUGUCCACUCUGCUGUUGAACCUGGGGCCUAAGAACGCAGCCACUCUGCUGGUGCUGGCAGUCACAGAGCACAAGAUCCUGGUCCACUCACUGCGUCCGGCUGCCCUGACCAGCGUCACCGAAGCCCUCGUCUCACUGAUCUUCCCGUUCCACUGGCCCUGCCCCUACAUCCCCCUGUGCCCUCUGGCUCUGGCCGAUGUCCUCAGCGCCCCCUGCCCGUUCAUCGUGGGCGUUGACUCUCGCUACUUUGACCUUUACGUGCCCCCCGCGGACAUCAGCUGUGUGGACCUGGAUACCAACACCAUCUCUCAAAAAGAUGACAAAAAGGCGAUAACGUGGAAGCUGCUGCCGCGGAGAGCCUGCAAACACCUCCUCAACUGUCUGAACAAACUGUAUCAGCAGCUCCUUCAAG